GAAACGCGAUUUUGUAUAAGUUAGCAGCUAUUAUCAUGCAUAUUCAGAGUUGUUUUGUGAACUUUCAACAUUCUACUAUUAAACUACAAAAAAUGGAAGAUUUUGAAAUGAAUAUAAAACUUAUAUUGAGAGUUGAAAGAUUUUCCCGGUUUUUUCCCGAUUCGCCUCUCAAUCCCUAAUUGCCCCAUUUUACCGAGCUAGAACUAGAUUUCAAAAAUGGCAAAUAAAACCAUUACGUUUGUCACAGGAAAUUUAAAAAAACUCGAAGAGUUUCGAGCCAUAUUAGGAGCAAAUUUUCCAUUUGAAGUCGUAAGUCACAAAUUGGAUUUGCCUGAACUACAAGGAGAAAUUGAUGAAGUGUCAAUAAAAAAAUGCCAAGAGGCCGCUCGACUCCUUAAGCAGGCUGUAAUUGUGGAAGAUACGAGUUUAUGUUUCAAUGCAUUAUGUGGCCUGCCCGGUCCUUAUAUUAAAUGGUUCCUGGAUAAAUUGAAGCCGGAAGGACUGCCCAGAUUAUUGGCUGGAUGGGAGGAUAAAUCUGCUGUAGCCGUCUGCACUUUUGCCUAUUGUAGUGGUGAGAAAGAUAAUGUCAUUCUGUUCCAAGGACGAACAAAAGGAAUAAUCGUAGAACCGAGAGGUACGAGGGAUUUUGGAUGGGAUUGUGUCUUCCAACCAGCAGGUUACAACAAAACAUAUGCAGAAUUACCAAAAACAGAGAAGAAUUUAAUUUCACACAGAUACAAGGCUCUAGAAAAACUAAGAAACUAUUUUAUAGAAAACACAAACAAUUGAAACUUAAAACAAAAGUAUAAAUAAAAUUAUAAUAACUAAUAAUAAAUAAAAUAAGGUAAAAUGUUAUUUUUUACCAGUUAGAACAGUGAAAAAGAGUCUAGUCCUACUAAUAUACAGGAACACAUGUUUGAGUAUAACAUAAUUAUCUUACCAAUUUUUGCUACCAUAUAAAUGUUGGGGUUUGAAAGACAUGAAAUAUAUGAAAUAUAUACCUUUACCAGUUUUUCUAUUUAGGAUUCCAGCCCCUAAUGCAAUCUGCCAAGAAGGCCAUUCACAAUGUAAUGUUGGGUUUUAUACAAUCUUAACCACAUGUAUAUGAAAAUGUUACCACAACUAUAGGUAAUGGGAAAGUGAAGAUAUUCCACCAAGUCGGAGUUAUUGUUCAGAAGACCAAUAGUUAAAUUUUAUUUGGAACUUGUGAAUACAUAAAUCGAUUUUAAAGAUUGUGAUUCAAAUGUUUUCCACAUUGAUUAUUCUAUCGAAACAUAUAAUUAUAGACUAUAACUGCUAUGGCUACAAAGUUAAUUGCUGUUGGAUGACUUGAUAAUAUCUUGUGUUUUGUGUAGCUGUACUCAACAUUGGUGUCACAUUUAUAAUUUAAAUUAUAAAUUUAUAAUAUAAAUGUGGAAGUUGCAGAUGCAUCAUUGCAGGUCACCAGUUCGUAAUGAACGACAAAGUGAAGAUCUUCGACUGAUAAAUUAUUAUUUAAAAAAAACAUUAUUUUAUGAAGCUCUCUCCUUAAGAAUUGAUUUCUUUUUAAUGAUACCAGUGCAAAAAAGUUUUUUUCAUUCAAGGUAGAUUUGACAAAAGUUUAUUUAUAGUUAAAUCUAGCUUUUAGUUUUUCAUUAAAUUAAUUACGACGUUUCCUUUUUA